UUAGAAAAAAAUAAAUCUUGUAUAUUUCCUAGCGUGUACGCAUGUGAGUUUACAAACUGAUAUAGAUUAUUUAACAAGAUUGGGUCGCUGUAACGUGAGAUCAUCGAAAAAUGAGUUUUUUUGGAUUUGGCCAAACUGCUGAUAUAGACAUUGUGCUGGAUGGCACAGAUUCUCGGAAAAUGGCAGAAAUAAAGACGGAAGAUGGAAAGAAAGAGAAAAAUUAUUUAUAUUACGAUGGCGAAUCUGUAACUGGAAAAGUAAAUAUAACAUUAAAAAAACCUGGCCUGAAAUUAGAGCAUCAGGGCAUUAAAAUAGAAUUUAUUGGUCAAAUAGAACUGUAUUAUGAUCGAGGAAAUCAUCAUGAAUUCACAUCUUUGGUUAAAGAUCUCUGUAGACCUGGAGAAUUGAGUCAGAAUACAAGCUACACAUUUGAAUUCGUGAAUGUAGAGAAACCAUUUGAAUCGUAUACCGGAGCCAACGUAAAACUAAAAUACUUUCUCCGAGUGACCAUCCUGCGAAGGCUAUCUGAUAUUAUUAGAGAGAUGGAUCUCAUUGUACAUACCCUAUCCUCAUAUCCGGAGAUGAAUUCCUCUAUCAAAAUGGAAGUGGGUAUUGAAGACUGUUUGCAUAUUGAAUUUGAAUAUAACAAAUCCAAAUAUCAUCUAAAAGAUGUUAUUGUUGGGAAAAUAUAUUUUCUUCUCGUCAGAAUUAAAAUCAAACAUAUGGAAAUUGCUAUAAUUAAGAGAGAGACGACUGGUUCGGGGCCCAAUACUUUCAACGAAAGCGAAACAAUUACAAAAUACGAAAUCAUGGAUGGAGCUCCAGUUAGAGGAGAAUCAAUACCAAUAAGAUUGUUCCUGGCCGGAUAUGAUCUGACACCCACGAUGAAAGACAUAAAUAAGAAGUUCUCUGUUCGAUAUUAUCUUAAUUUGGUUUUGGUAGAUGAAGAAGAAAGAAGAUAUUUUAAACAGCAAGAAAUAGUUUUAUGGAGAAAGGGAGAAAAAACGAGGAAGACGAUUCAGGCAGCUCAAUCUCAGGAACAGGAAAAUUAAUUGGUAUCGUAACAAAUAAACAAAAAAAAA